AUAUACAUUUUUCUCCUUAAGUAGAUAAUGUACAUACUGGGAACAGGAUCUUUGUCACUUUGACUUAUUCUUUGUCACUCCCACAGUUGCCUAUCAUAGUUCUUUGCAUGUAGUGGAUCCUCAGUGGUGUUGGACUUGAGUUAACUUAAUCAUCUCUGCCCCCAUGAAACGUAUAAUGUAGUGGAAGGGGAUACACAAUAAGAAGAUAAAUAAGUACACAGGAAAAUUGCCAUUUUAGAAUAUGCAAUGAAAAUAAUAGUAUGCUGUGAUGGGAGAAUAAAGGGGGAACUAGUUUUGAUCUUGUUGGAGAAGGCCACACUUAGGGUUGACAUUUGAAUUGCUAUGAAGAAUUAAAAGGAGCCAUCAUGCACAGAGCUAGAGGUAUUCUGUGCAUGUGAGAAGACUAAAGUGGGAAAGAGCUUGAAUUUUUGAGGAGCUGAAGUAAGGCUGGAACCUCCUAGGUGUGAGGAAAAGUAGCUUUUAAGAUGCUACUUUAGAUAGGUAUAAAGAGGUCAGAUCAUGAAGUGCCUUGUAGGUUGCUGUAGGGAAUUUGGAUUUUGUUCUAAAGGUAAUGGGAUACUAUUGAAGGAUGGUAAGCAGAGGAUAAGAUAAAUAUGAUCUACAUUUUGAAAACAUAAAUGGCUGUUAUCUGGUAAUUGGAUUGUAGGGAAGCAAGAAAGAAAGCAGGAAGAGCAAUUUAGGAGGGUGUUGGAAGUAGAGACAGAAGUGGAUGGAUUCAAGAUACAUUUUAGCUGUAGAGUUUUCAAGAUUUACUGAUGGAUUAGAUGUGAAGGAGAAAAAGAAAUCAAAGGAAUAAAAGCUUAUUCCCAAAUUUCUGGCUUGGCGUUUAUUGAGAUAUAGGUGGAGUGGGAAAAGAACAUUUAAAAAAAUCUUUUUUAAUAUUUAUUUUUUAUUUAUAUUAGAGAGACAGAGUGCAAGCAGGGGAGGGGCAGAGAGAUGGAGACAGAAUCUGAAGCAGGCUCCAGGCUCCAAGCUGCGAGCUGUCAGUACAGAGCCUGAUGCGGGGCUUGAACCCACGAGCAGUGAGAUCAUGACCUGAGCCGGAGUUGGAUGCUUAACUGACUGAGCCACCCAGAUUUGGGGCUUCAGCAACUUCUUCCAGGGAGGAGGUCCAGUACAGCUGCUGUUGCAACCCAAGGUCUUGAUUCACAUCCAUAGAUUGGAAUAUUGGUGUACCAGCCAUCCUCAGAUACCUCACUAAGGACAGAUGAGGAAACUGAGGCUUGGUGAAGUUACGAAACUUGUCCAAAGUCACACAGCUUACUGUAAAGGGCACAGCCAAGAUUCAGAGCCAGGUUGUAAAAAUUAAAAUGAAUAAACUACGGCAAAGUUUUAGGAGAAAGAAAGAUGUUUAUGUUCCAGAGGCCAGUCGUCCACAUCAGUGGCAGACAGAUGAAGAAGGGGUUCGUACUGGAAAAUGUAGCUUCCCAGUUAAGUACCUCGGCCAUGUAGAAGUUGAUGAGUCAAGAGGAAUGCACAUCUGUGAAGAUGCUGUAAAAAGAUUGAAAGCUGAAAGGAAGUUCUUCAAAGGCUUCUUUGGAAAAACUGGAAAGAAAGCAGUUAAGGCAGUCCUGUGGGUAUCAGCAGAUGGACUCAGAGUUGUGGAUGAAAAAACUAAGGACCUCAUAGUUGACCAGACAAUAGAAAAAGUUUCUUUCUGUGCUCCGGAUAGGAACUUUGAUAGAGCCUUCUCUUACAUAUGUCGUGAUGGCACCACUCGGCGCUGGAUCUGUCAUUGCUUCAUGGCUGUCAAGGACACAGGUGAGAGAUUGAGUCAUGCAGUAGGCUGUGCAUUUGCAGCCUGUUUGGAACGGAAACAGAAGCGGGAGAAGGAAUGUGGAGUGACUGCUACUUUUGAUGCCAGUCGGACCACUUUUACAAGAGAAGGAUCAUUCCGUGUCACGACAGCCACAGAGCAAGCAGAAAGAGAGGAGAUUAUGAAACAAAUCCAAGAUGCCAAGAAAGCUGAAACAGAUAAGACAGCUGUUGGCUCAUCAGUGGCUCCUGGCAACACUGCCCCAUCCCCAUCCUCUCCCACCUCUCCCACUUCGGAUGCCACUGCCUCUCUGGAGACGAACAAUCCUCAUGCCAUACCACGCCGGCAUGCGCCCAUUGAACAACUUGCUCGCCAAGGCUCUUUCCGAGGAUUUCCUGCUCUUAGCCAGAAGAUGUCACCCUUUAAACGCCAACUAUCCCUGCGCAUCAAUGAGUUGCCUUCCACUAUGCAGAGGAAGACUGAUUUCCCCAUAAAAAAUGCAGUGCCAGAAGUAGAAGGGGAGGCAGAGAGUAUCAGCUCCCUGUGCUCACAGAUCACCAAUGCCUUCAGCACACCCACGGAGGAUCCCUUCUCAUCUGCCCCAAUGACCAAACCGGUGACAGUGCUAGCACCACAGUCUCCUGCCUUUCAAGCUAAUGGCACUGACUCAGCCUUCCAUGUGCUUGCUGCUAAGCCAGCCCAUACUGCUCUAGCACCCGUAGCAAUGCCUGUGCGUGAAACCAACCCUUGGGCCCAUGCCCCUGAUGCUGCUAACAAGGGAAUUGCAGCCACACGUUCGGGGACCGAGUGGAGUCAGUCUUCUGGUGCCGCAUCUCCAGGUCUCUUCCAGGCUGGUCACAGACGCACUCCCUCUGAGGCUGACCGCUGGUUAGAAGAGGUGUCCAAGAGUGUCCGGGCGCAGCAGCCCCAGGCCUCAGCUGCCUCUCUGCAGCCAGUUCUCCAGCCUCCUCCACCCACUGCCAUCACCCAGCCAGCGCCAUCUUUCCAAGGGAAUGCAUUCCUCACCUCUCAGCCCGUACCAGUGGGUGUGGUCCCACCCCUGCCACCAGCCUUUGUCCCUGCCCAGUCCUAUCCUGUGGCCAAUGGGAUGCCCUAUCCAGCCCCUAAUGUGCCUGUGGUGGGCAUCACUCCCUCCCAGAUGGUAGCCAACGUGUUUGGCACUGCAGGCCACCCUCAGGCUGCCCACUCCCAUCAGUCUCCCGGCCUGGUCAAGCAGCAGACAUUCCCUCAGUAUGAGACAAGCAGUGCUACUGCCAGUCCCUUCUUUAACCCUCCUGCUCAGCACCUCAACGGUUCUGCAGCUUUCAAUGGUGUAGACGAUGGCAGGUUAGCCUCGGGAGAUAAGCACACAGAGGUUCCUGCAGGGGCCUGCCCGGUGGAUCCCUUCGAAGCCCAGUGGGCUGCAUUAGAAAGCAAGUCCAAGCAGCGUACUAACCCCUCUCCCACCAACCCUUUCUCCAGUGACUUACAGAAAACGUUUGAAAUUGAACUUUAAGUAGUCUCUAUGGCUUAUGUAUUUUGCCCAUACUUAGGCAAGGGCAGGGGCAGAGGUCAAAGAAGCAAAGGGAACUUUGUGUUCCCAGUCAGUAUACUUUUCACUAAUCCCAAAGGUCUUAAGGAGCAUGUCCAGGCACAGAGUGCUAGGAGAGGUGAUUUUGAAAAAAAUGGAAGAAACAUUCCUAGAGAAGAGUUGUCUUGCAGUUGGGCUAAAGAAGUCAAGGAAAUGUUGCCCGCUGUCCCCCUCCUGCUCCCUCAGCCCCUUAAAAAUCUCUGGCAGCAGAGAGGCAGAGUAUCUGAACAGGAAUCUGUAUUCAAAGCACAUUUACUGGAAUAUAAAACACAACGGGAAGCAAAACAAUCACCCUUCAUUUUUCAGGCCAUUCACCUGCCGCCUCUCACUGGCCUGUCUUAGAGAUCAAGAACAUGGUGGCCUGUGCUUGGGCUGGGGACGAGAGGCAGGCCGUGCUGCCAGAAUUCCCAGGAGGGCACAGCAGCUGCCCAGCAGAGCUAUAUUUUAGGGGUAAAGUUGAGCUUCCACUUUGAGUAAGAAUAAAUAUUAUAAAUAUAUAUCAAAAAAGCCAAAAUCUUUAUUUUUAUGCAUUUAGAAUAUUUUAAAUAGUUCUCAAUAUUAAAAAGUUGUAUGAGUUGUAAGUAAUCUUGCCAAAGGUAAAAGGGUUAGCUGUAAGAAAUUGUACAUAAGAUUGAUUUAUCAGUGAUGCCUAUUGAUGUGGAGAGAGGAGAGGUUGGGAGUUGCAGAUGGGAUCCCUAUUACUUGGUAUCAUUCGUUGUAAGUAGCACCUUGCAGCAACAAUCAUGCGUAUGACCAAUACAGUCCCUAGGUGGUAGUUUUAACAAAAAUGAAAGAGCAGUAUUGUCCUGGUUUUAAACCUAUGAUGAAAUCCUAGUGUAAUUUUAAUGGAAUCAGUCUGAAUACAUUCUACAGAGAAUACGUAUUUUCUUUUAUAUACUGCUGCAGUUUCCUUAUGUUAAUCCUCUACUUUUGUUUUAACACUAAGGUGACAGUGACUUAAUCAUAUCCAUGGACGGGAGCACAGGUUACUGUGUUGAUUUGUCAUGUGGGUCUCGGGUUUUGUUUUGUCCUUUAGAUUUUGUCCCCACCAGCUUUGUGGGGAUGGAGAUUCUGGUUUAAUAGCUGUGUGUGAGCCGGUCCCCCCACUUGUGGUGAGAGCAUCCCGUUGCCAGUUGUAGCCACUUGACCUCUGGUAACGACGUGAGAUCCCAUCUCAUUUUUACUUUUGAACGUUGGCCUUACAAUCAAAUGUAAGUUAUAUAUAUUUGUACUGAUGAGAAUUUAUAAUCUGCUUUAACAAAAAUAAAUGUUCGUGGUAGAA